AUGUUUAAACACGGCCUUCGCACAUUUGCCACGACGGCCCUGCGUAGUGCAGAAGCCUCGACGGCCUACAAUACCAAGGUCUCGAGGGCUCAAGGAUGGGUCAAUGGCCUGACGGAAGCCAUUGGCAAUACGCCCCUGAUCCGGCUCAAGCGCCUGUCUGAAGAGACAGGAUGCAACAUCCUUGGCAAAGCCGAGUUUCAGAACCCCGGCGGCAGUGUCAAGGAUCGCGCCGCCUUGUACGUUGUGAAAGAUGCCGAGGAGAAGGGCUUAUUACGCCCAGGUGGUACUGUUGUUGAGGGUACAGCUGGAAACACAGGCAUUGGACUGGCCCAUGUGUGUCGGUCGAAGGGAUAUAAGCUGGUUAUCUACAUGCCCAACACGCAAUCACAAGGCAAGAUUGAUCUACUCCGGUUGCUAGGCGCAGAAGUCUAUCCCGUUCCUGCCGUUGCAUUUGAUAACCCAGAAAAUUACAAUCAUCAAGCACGUCGCCAUGCCGAAGCUCUUGAUAAUGCUGUGUGGACAAACCAGUUCGACAACACGGCAAACCGCCAAGCUCAUAUUGAAACGACCGGCCCUGAGAUCUGGGCCCAAACAGAGGGCAAAAUCGACGCCUUUACAUGCGCGACAGGUACAGCCGGCACACUAGCCGGGAUUACUCGGUAUCUGAAGACGGUCAGCAAUGGACGUGUGAAAAGCUUUCUUGCGGACCCUCCAGGCAGUGUGCUUCACAGCUACAUCCAGAGCAAAGGAAAGCUCACUGAGCGAAGCGGUGGCAGCAUCACCGAAGGAAUUGGCCAGGGACGUGUCACCGAGAACCUGAAACCUGAUAUUGACCUCAUCGAUGACUCCCUGCACAUUAGCGACGAAAAGAGCAUUGAGAUGGUAUACCGCUGCCUGGAUGAGGAGGGUCUGUAUCUCGGUGCAAGCUCUUCUUUGAAUGUCGUGGCUGCUAAGGAGGUCGCUGAGAAAUUGGGUAAAGGCCAUACUGUCGUUACAAUAUUGUGCGACGGCGCCUACCGAUAUGCUGACCGUCUUUUCUCCGAAAAAUGGCUUCAAAGCAAGAAUCUCCGUGGAGUUAUCCCUAAGCAUCUCGAGAAGUACAUUGUACUGCCAUAA